AUGCCUCAGUCUACUCCAAGUCAAGAAGUACAACGUGUACCAUGGGACAACAAGCCCGCCUUGAAGCAGAUAACACUCCGAGCAACCAUAGCAGGUAUCGCCAUAGGGUCUCUAGUGCUAACAUCAAACUUUCAGUUUGGCCUACAAACCGGUUGGGUUUCCAUGAUGUCCCUGCCAUCGGCAUUAUUAGCCUGUGCUUUCUUUAAAAAUAUCUGGCCUUUAAUAUUUCCGAACGACAGACCUUUCAGCGACGUAGAAAAUGUAUACGUACAAAGUAUGGCUGUAGCUGUUGGAACAGGCCCAUUAGCCUUUGGCUUUGUCGGUGUCAUACCUGCCAUCGAGAAGUUCCUUACUAGCCAAGAAAGUGGUGGAUUGAGGGAACAAGGACAAUACUUUACCUUCAGAGAACUGUUAAUAUGGUCAACCGCCCUAGCAUUUUUUGGUAUUUUCUUUGCAGUUCCACUAAGGAAGCAAGUAAUUGUCAGAGAGAAACUUCCCUUUCCCAGUGGCAGUGCUACAGCUACUUUAAUUUCAGUACUAAAUGGAACUGAGAUUUUACAAGAGGUUUCCAAGUCAGAGUUAUUGGAAAUGAGGCAGAGGAGAUUGAAUGAAUGCCCCGAAGUAUUACAACCCAAUAGAGAUCCGGAGGAGGCAGACUACUUAAUGAACUCUUCUCAUAGCGAUCUUGGCGAUUAUACGGCAACCAGCCAAGAUGGCAGUUCUGUUCUUUCUACUGGUUCCGAGAACUACAGAGCUAAUAUUAUUAUUUUGUUCAAAACUUUUAUUGUCUCGUCACUUUACACCAUGGUGUCAUAUUUUAUACCGGUAAUACGGUCUAUUCCAGUAUUUGGAAAAUACCUCUCGAACAAUUAUCUCUGGAAUUUUCAACCGUCACCUGCGUAUAUAGGUCAAGGAAUAAUAAUGGGCCUUCCAACAGUAUCAUAUAUGCUUAUCGGAUGUUUUUUAGGGUGGGCUGUAUUAGCUCCAUUGGCGAAAUACAAAGGAUGGGUGCCAGCAGAUGCUGAUGUUCACGACUGGGAAAAGGGUGUACAAGGAUGGAUUCUUUGGUCGUCGCUUUCAAUAAUGGUUGCUGACAGUGUUGUCGCUUUUAUCGUAGUGACAGUGAAGUCCAUUGUAAAGUUUAUACUGAUAGAUGACAAGGCCGCUUUACUGAACAACAUAAUUGAUGACACAUUUCAAUCCAUGUUGCUUGAGGAAGAACGUGCCAUUAAUAAUAGCAGAAGGAAUACAUAUGUGGACGGAAGACAAGAUACUGUAAGAUUAGUGAGUAGAGACAACGAAAUUGAAGUAGAUUCCAAGCAUUUGGUUCGCUAUACCACCGUUAUCAGUGGAUGCCUAGUCUCCUCGAUAAUAUGCAUUGUUUCCAUAAUAUAUUUGUUUGGAAUAGAAGUAAUUCCUCUAUAUGCUAUUAUCACUGCUUUAAUACUUGCGUUGUUUCUAUCUAUUCUCGGUAUUCGAGCACUUGGAGAAACUGAUUUGAAUCCUGUGAGCGGCAUUGGUAAGAUCUCUCAAUUGAUUUUUGCAUUUAUCAUACCGAGGGAUAGGCCUGGAUCAGUGUUGAUGAAUGUCGUAUCGGGAGGUAUUGCGGAAGCUUCUGCCCAACAAGCAGGCGAUUUGAUGCAGGAUUUGAAAACAGGGCACCUCCUUGGGGCCUCCCCAAGAGCCCAAUUCUGUGCGCAAUUGAUCGGAGCCUGUUGGUCAAUUAUUUUGUCUAGUUUCAUGUAUUUGUGCUACAAUAAAGUUUAUACAAUUCCGAGUGAACAGUUUAGGAUACCGACGGCAGUAGUAUGGAUAGAUUGCGCAAGACUGGUAACUGGUAAAGGCCUCCCGGAUAAGGCUUUAGAGUGCUCCAUGAUUCUCGGAGUCAUAUUUGCGGUUUUGUCACUAAUCAGAAAUACUUAUAGAGAUUACGGAUACGGAUGGAUACUGUAUAUUCCGUCUGGUGUGGCAGUCGGCGUUGGUAUAUUCAAUUCUCCCAGCUUUACCAUUGCAAGAUUCAUCGGUGGGUGGGCUUCCCAUUUCUGGUUGAAAAAUCACAGGGGUGACUUGAAUGCAAAAACGAAAAUGAUUGUAUUUAGUUCAGGGUUGGUCUUGGGUGAGGGUAUCUUUAGCGUAAUAAACAUGGUUUUUACCUGCUUAAAUGUCCCUCACUAUUAG